UCACUUCUCAAGAAAAUAUUUUAUUUCGCUUUAUUCGAUACUAUUCGAGAGAAAAUGGCUACUGUCAAGCAACCACCACCCGUUCAUGAAAAAGAGCAGCCCAAGUCAAUCGCUGCAAUUGUGUGGACAGAAUGCGAGAAGAUUAUGCUCCGCGUCUUCGACGCGAAGCCUCUUCCACCGACGUUUCCACGGAAUCUUCUGAUGGAACUCUACGUGGCUCGUACAAUUCUCUUCGCUUCUUUCACCUUGGGCAUCCGUGCCGGAGGCUAUUCUUGUCUGUACAGCCCGGCUCGUCAGAUUUUCGGAAGCUUCAUUGUCUUCAUGUUCACUUAUGUCUUCCUUCCACUGUUGGGAGCUAAUAUUGCAUACUUGUUCAAAAAAGACAAACUAACACUUUAUGAAUAUCGGGUGUCUAUGAUUGUUUGGGCGUUCUUGUGUGGAACAUUCUCCACAAUCAGUAAUAUUCAUUACGCAUUGUCAGACUAUGGAGCACCAAAUUAUUUUAUGCCAGUUCUAGUCGGACUAACUGCUCACCUCAUUGGAAAUCGAUUCGAUAACAACAGAAAGGCUCUUGUCGGUUUGAGUGUGGGAAGUGCCGUUCUGGUCUCCUUGAGCAUGCUUCUCAUGACAAGUGGACUCUCAAUCGGCGCAUUCUUCUCCCUCUCCGUGUGCAGUGUCAACGCAAUCGUGGCUCUUCAACUAAUGAUCUACGAUCUUGUGCUCGAUGGACCUGGAGCCAGUGCGAAUGCAUCAAUGACUCAUGUCGUCGGUGUCAUCAUCAUUAUGAUCAAUUUCUUGAUCGUCGUCCGUCUCACUGGAACCUAUCUGGAGGAUCCCGGACGUAAUGACGUGGCAAGAUCUAGCCCACUUCACGCGGCACUUUCAGCAUGAUUUCGAGAUUUUACACGAGUUUUGAAUGAAAAUAAAUAAAAAAUUGAUUACCUU